ACGCGCCGUGGGUGAAAAACGUAAGCUCGAAUACUACGCCUGUGCUAGUACGUGCCCCCGUACACGAAAGUUAUUCACGCACGCUAUUCAUCGGCUUGUGCUCCUCCAUUACGUACAUAACGUGAAACGUAAGACGCUACAUACUGGCCUGUACGUGUGUCGCGGCCAGGUGUAUAUAAGAGGAUCGUUGCACACGAGCGUCGUCGAGUACACGUAUACCAAAACAUACUUUCGAUUGAAACGGCGACUCGUACUCGAGAAAACGAACGGGGGUUCCGUUCGGCACCGCUUGUGCUAUUCCGUUUUCCGCGAUAGAAUUGAUCAUCGGGGUUCUAGGCGAGUGUGCUCGGUCGUGACGAUUGAAGCGAGGUGGUCUGCAUACGAAGCGAAACGAAGCGGUGAAGAAUAAAGUGCGAUAAACAACGUAUUCGCGUCGGUGGAUCUCGGGAUAGGUGAUUCCGCAAAGGGUGAGUUUGAGUGUCACUGCACAAGCGCGAAGAGGAGAGAGAUUCUUGCGAAGGGAGAGAGCGAGAGGCCGAUAGGACGCUAGCUACGGUGCUACGGUGGUAGUGAAUGGAACGCGGCCCCCACGGGUGAGCGUAGUACGACGCUCCACGGGCUAGCGUUGCACCAAUGACCAGCCGGGACGGGCGAUCACGUGACGUGCGUGCCGAGCCAGCAGCAGAACAUUGCAAAUGACAAGACGCGUAGGGCAUUGUCGUCGCGCCGCCGCUGCCACAGUUCCCGUCGUUGUUGGUUUCAUCCGUCGCGCCACCGCCGUCGUCGUCGCCGCAGCCGUUGAUGAGAUCUCGCCCGCCACCGUGAGGACGCGACAGCGUUUGCCCUAAACGGAUCCCGAAGUCUGUCCUCGGUGUGUCGGCACUAUAUCGCUACUGUCGGCGCGUGUGCGCAACAAAGUCGCGGGUGCUCGGAGGCCUCGUGCCCUGAACGGUGCCCGCGGCGCCCCGUCCUAUAGUACAACAUACAACUCGACACGGUGCACCAUCGUACACGCCGACAACGUCCACCGAGCCUGUGCGGCAUCCGUCUACAUGACAAAAUGUCGGGAUCACAGCGGAUGCGAAAGUCCUCGCCAUGCUCGACGUCGAAGCAAGGCCCAAUGCGCGCGACCCUGCCUGUAAGCUCGCUGUUACGACAAGGCCGGCAAGGCAGCAGCCUCAGGAAAAGCAACAGCAACAGUCCUACUGUGUCGCCGACGAACGCGAGUGCGUGGCGGGCCCGCAUCUCGCCGGAGACCUCUUCCUCGGGACAACGAAGCCCCGGUUCUCUCUCUUACAAAGCAAAAUCAAAAACAUUAAGUGGAAGAUGCAGCGAAAGUUUAAGUGGAAACCAAAAUAUCCGGAGGACAGCAUCAUUAGAUACUAUCUACUUAAAAGGACAAUGGCCCCGCGAUACAUACUACAUUCAUUCCAGUCUCCUUUUGGUUGAUAAAUCUACUCAGACAGAAGAAUGGUCCAAUGAACCAAGGAAAUUGCACACUCGACAUCCUACAGAACAAACCACAACAGAUGAGAAGUUGGAAAAGUACUUUAGGCAUCGGUUACAGCGUACAAAUAAGGAAGGUACUAGUAGUAGAGAGCGGACAGCUGCAUUUGGACUCAUAAUGCCUGGUGGACCACCACCAGCUUUUCCUGCAGACCAUACAGUACUUCUACCCAGUAUUGCUUCACAAACAUCAAUACACAAUCAAUUUGGCAUGAGUACAAAGGCAAGUCCUAUGAACAUCCCUAUGAAACCAAUGAGGCCCCCGAUGCGUUCUUCUAUUGAAGGAUUAAAUCAAGAGAUUGAAGGACUCGUUCUUAAAUCUUCAACAAAUCCCAGUGAUCCUGAUCACCCAGUGGAAGACAAAUAUGCACGGUAUCGUGAAAUUACGCCGGAAGGACAUCGUGCGCCGUUAGCAGACUUACUGAGGGCUACUCGCAGCGUUAAUACACAAACACCAGCUACAGACCUUCCCUCCAGUUCUUAUUCUUCAGGCCCUCCAUCUAGGAAUUCUGAGUCUCCGCUGAUUCCUGGUCUUAUGGAUGCCUCCCGUCCGCCUAGCGAUCUCUUACAAGGUGGAAGUCGUGGUUCAACCCCUGAACAAGAUAGAGAAGGACGUCUCGGCACCUCUCCUCACAUUAACAGGUUCCUAGCAAGAGAACCACCUGAUGGCUGUGAGAAAGUCAAUCUCAAAUUCGUAGAGGACGCCAGGCGACCCAUGAUAGACUUGAGCAAACUAGACUAUUGCCCAAAGCCGUGUGUAGCAUUCCAGUUAAAACCUAGCUUGGGAUCAGCGUUCCUGCCAUUACAACAGCCAGCCAGUCCAACGAUGGUUGCAAGUGCAUCACCCUCUUCGCAUACAACACCAACUACACCUCCUCCAAAUCCAUAGUCCUGCUCUACACCUUAUGGAGUAAUGUUUAUAAACCCGAUUGGUAUAUAUAUAUUUUUUUUUACCGACCUGAUGAGUAGAAAGUGGUUUACUUUGACACGAAAGCAUACACCGACAAUGAGAAAAGUUACCGAAAAACAGCCUGUUUCCAGUGCGACAACCCCAACUUUCGGGUAUCGUGAUUGUGUAAUUAAAUGGAAAGGAAAUGGAAGUUCUAAUUACGUCGAUACACGAGAUAUUGAAUGGCAUCCGAGAGAGCUCCGUUUAAAAAUGUUCGAAACAAUAAUAAAAAUACGAGGAACAAUAAUUUGUGAUAACUAAAAAGGGAAAAAAGAAAGAAAAAACGACAUUUAGGAAUGAACAUUGUGUUCUACAGGGAAAAAGACUAAUAAAAUUGUGUAUUCUAAAUUUAGUGCUAAAAGUGUGCUAAACGACUUUAGUUUUGUAUCAAAAUGUCGAAAAAAGUAUUAAAAUUUGAUUGUUAGGAAAGGCAAAAUUCUACUGAUACAUAAACAAAGAAAUGGUACAUGUGCCUGGAUUUAUGUACAUCGGUGCCCCUUCUAUAAUGUUCUCAUUAGAUCUUUAUCACUUUCGAGACGAUUCGGUUUUGCAUAGUGAAACGUGAAAGGAAAGGAAUCGAAGCACCUGUUAGAAUUUUGUAUUGUUUUGUAUUAUUACUCGUACGCUGAGAAUAUUCAAGUUAAUUAUUAUAUGAGGAGCUCGAAAAUAGUGUAUCCCUAUGGUACAUUAUUUUGUUUCUUUUCUUCUUUUUUUGUUAGAAUUACGUUUUCUAGAUUUAUACAUGUACACAUAGAGACACACACGCGUACACACAUUCUUUAUCCCUUCCCUUCAUUUCUUUUUUUUAACAUCGCAUAUGUAAGAUAAAGGCAUAAAUCAAUUUGUCACGACAGUUUUUAUUUUGUAUUAUGUGUACAAAUGUGCACCUUUUAUCGCAUAGCUUCUUCUUCUUCUGUUGUAGUGAUUUCUUUUAGACUGUAAGGUUUCUACUUUUGAAUGGUAAAUGAAAGAAAAAACACUUUGCUCGACUAUAGUGUUCAGUGUCAUAAAAAAGCAACUUAUGAAACUUAAGUUAAUCAAGCAAGAGUAUAUUUUAUUAAUCAGUAAAGUUUAUAGGGACUAUACCAUAGGGCUACAUGAUUUUUGGUUUAACUUGUAUUAUGUUAGUUUACUAUCUGAAUAUGUACAACCAAUACAGCAUGUAAUGACAGGUUGACGGAUGUAUGAUAAAUAGAGUGAACCUAUCGAUACAAGGUGGAAAUGUAAUGAGUAAUAAUAUGGAGUGCGGUAAGAUUAAAACAUUUUGAUUGAGGCAACAAGUGGACGACACGUGCUUUGAAGCUAGUGUGGUAUCAGGUGUGCAUACGAAAAUGGCUCCCUAAUUUGGCACAGUAUUGGUGUGACUGGAGGUUUUUGUAUUAAACGCGGAUGAUCGUGGGUGAAGCGACAAAAGAAUAAGAAAGAGAUUUUAUCAAUCUGCGUUCUAUACAAAUGACAGUAUGCAUGUGUUGUGUAAUAUCAGAAUCCUGUUUAAACCAUCCACGAAUAACAACAAUGGAGAAACUCGUCGUACUACCGAGAGACAAAGAUUACCGAUUUUGUACGAAUGUAAUGGACAGAUGAAGGAAAACUUAGGAACUAAUUUAAUCACUCAAACUAACGCUAUAGCAUUUUAAAAAUAUUUUUAACGCGCGGCCUGUAGAACGAUUUUACUCCAAAUAAAUUUCCCACACGGAUUAGCAGCGACUUUUUAAAUUUCUUUCGUACGGAUAAGAAUAAUCAAAGGAAUAUCAAAUAUUGUAGGAGAUAUUUUGAUAUGAACUACUCUACUCUGUAUUUAAAAAAAGAGCAAAGAAAAACGACAAAAAAAAGAGGAAGCGUAACGAAAUGAAGAUGCGAGAGAAGCAAAAAGAUGGAAGAGAGAGUUAUUCGUGCGAUGGGUUUAACUUAUUGUUUAGUAUAUGCGGACAUAGCCACUCAAGAAGUUCAAUUUAUUUUUUGCUUUACUAAACGCAGAAAAGAAUGUUUUUGCGAACACGACUUUAUAGUUGCGAUCUGACAGAUAAGGAUCUUAAAAAGUAAAAUAAUAAGAUCGAGAGCAGGGAAGAACAGUUUUUUAAAUACAAUAGUAAUAUACUUUCUAAUAUUGUAAUGUAUCUAGCUACGGCAGUGAAAGGAAGAGGAAGGGAAGGAAAAAAAAUGAGAUGUUAACACAUAAAGUACCUGGCACACUGGUCUAUGCUCUCUUUUAUCCAGCUCACUAGGAAGUUCAUGCCUUAGAAUGCGUGGCAGAGUGUGCUAAAUAGACAGGAAGGUUAAUAAUCAGAGAGUCAGGAUAUAUAAAGAAAAUGGCACUGGCUAGUUAACGAGUAUACAAUACAAGAAAAAAAACUAAUCUGCUAUCUAUUAGCUUAAGAAGAAUCUUUUUUUUCUAUUUAUUUUCGCUAUGGAUCUAAAUGACAUUAUCUCAUCGCUGUAAGGAUUAUUAAGUGAAUAAAUUGUAAACGCGCAUCGUCGAGUUUACAAGCACUCCAGGAAAAAUGAAAGAAGAAAGGAAACGGCAGAUAAAGACAAAAGAAAGAAACUUAUCGAUCGCGUAUUUCAUCUGUUGGCAUAUUUUCACUUCAACGGAGGAAAAAUGAGUAAAAUAACAAGUGGGGAUAAAAAGAAAAACGGAUGUUUUAACACUUAAACAGACAUUGUAUUAAUCAUAGUGAAUAAAAGGAAAAAGAACGUUUCAUACUUUUACUAAAUAAGCAGAGGAGGAAAAAAAGAAUUACUUUAGAGAGAAAGGCUAGCCUUAUUAUUUUUUAACUACACUCAUAAGGCUCCACUUUUUAACCUUCAUGUACUUGCGUAAUGUGUUAUCACUGUUAAGCUUUUGUUGUGAGUUCUCCUGAACAGAGAGGAAUGCGUGUAAAGACUGCUAACACUAAAGAUUACCUGUUGUUUGGAUAUAUAGGAACCGAAAAAAUUAAAAAAAAAUAUGCGAAACGGGAAAAUUAGGCUCAAAUUCGUCUCUCUCUCUCUCUCUCUCUCUCUCUCUCUCUUUCUCUCUAUCUAUCUAUUUAUCUAUCUUUCUCUCCGGUUACCUAUGAAACGAUAAUAGGAGAUAAUUACUCUUUUAAAUGAUUCGUUAACUAAAUGAUCCUUACGUGACUACUGUUCGGUACAUUCUUUCUACAUAUCUAAAAUCUGAGCAGGCUUCAGAAAUGGCAAAAUGAUUAUGUCAAUUACGAGUUCAUUUAUCCCUAGGACUGUCCAAACGUAUCGUUGUAGUGUCUCGUCUAACAACAAAAAGAAUAAAGAACACAACAAAGCAACCAAAACGAUUGUUGGGAUGUACAUUGUAAUUUGUAAGAUGCUCAUAAAAAUGACACUUAUGCAAACGUUUUGUAGUGCAUAAAAGAACCACGUAACAUAAUACGUUGUACAGUGAACGAUAUCUCGCGAAAAAAACGAAAAGACAAAGACGUUAAGAAAAAAGGGGGAAGCGAAUGAAAAUAAGAACAGAUUUUUAUAUAUUUGGUGAAGUUAAACGCAGCUUUUAUCGAAUUCUUUUUAUAAUAAAUAUAUGAAAUAUUUAUUGUUUUUUAUUCUGGGGGACUAAACCUUUUUCUAUCGUGUGUAACAAUUCCAUGUAAAUGACGUGUAUAUAGAAAUUUACAAAAACGCUUUGGAGAUUCGAUUCGACUAUUAAGAAUUCUAUAUAUUUUCAUUAAUGUUUGAUAGUUUUCUUGUUUUCAAAGUACUUUAUUGAGUAACACUAUUAUAAAGAACGAAAUUUUUACAGUCGAUUUUUCGAAUGUUUAUGUAGGUAGGAAAGAUUUUGUUUUUUAUUGUUUUGACUCGAAACAAUAAAUGUUCUAUUUGAUAAAUUGUGACGCGGAGUAUCUUACAAUGUAUAGCGACGGGAAAAGACAGUGCUGCUAGCAGAUUCGCAACGGUACAUCGAAAAUCAAUAAACUUAAAUAAUACAUUAUAAGGAUCUAUCUCGAAUCUGUCCUAGGGCUAAAUCAAAAUUAGUCAGCGAAGUGAGCUAGUGAAUGUAAAUAAUAAUUUAAAGCCGUUUGACGAUGAAACCUUUGUACGGAACGUAGUGACUAAGGCCAACGAAUUCUGUACUUUUCGUGUCUCUCGCGGAAGUUCGUUGAACGAAAGAAAAGGAAAACUUGUGGAUCAAUGCGAACUUUUAAGAAUGUGUAUAAAAAAAAACAAAGAUAUUACCACGAAACACUGGCCUGUCCAUAGUCAACUGAGAUUAGACUCCUUUUUCCGAACGGCACAAUGCAAUUAUCAAAAUCAUAGUAAAACGUUAGCUUACUUUUAGUUUCUCCUAAAGUAGGUACAUAUUAGUUCGAAAAUUUUCAGAAUUUUGUUAACUUUCUUUACAAUCUAAAUUUGAUGGAUGUGGAAUUUUAUUCCUUCUCUCUUAUAUUUAAAAUUUUGUACUUUCUUUUCUAUUGUUAUUUGGACGCGACGUUGGUACUGAAUUUAAAUCUUCGAACCGAGAUAUCGAUAUAUUUCAACGGAUGGGUCGUUUAUGUAUCAGUAUUGUAAAGUAUCCUAAUUUUUCACGACGAUCGAGAUUUCAUUUUCACUUCGAUCCUAUUAAUUCUUCAUGAAACGGAAACAUUUUUUUGUAGAUAAACUCAUAUAUUUUUCUGCGGAUUAAAAAUACUCUUUUCUUUUUUCUCUCACUCGUUCCCUCUCUUUUUCUCUUUCUUUUUUAAGCGAUAAGUUUACAUAUUGUAUUUUUCGUGCAUUAUCGAAUCUCGAAACAUAAAGGCAGAUAAAGUGUAAGGUUUAGUGCGUACGAAUAUUAUUGCCUUAUUUUCGAGUAUUUUUAUCAUUAUUAUACAUUAUUUAUAUUUGAUAUUCAAAUGUUUUAACGAUUCGUAUAUAUUUAAAGAUAUUUUUGAAAUACUUUUAGUUUCCUCCGUUUUUUCCUACUAUUUUCCCUCCUUUUUUAUUUUUUUUGUAUUAGAAAAGAACAGAAUGUUGUAUUUCUCCUGUAUGUCUCCUUGUUUCAAAAUGACUGAGCAACGGAUUCGUUUGAUGAUUUUUUUCACCCUCUCACAAGACGAACUAUUAUACAGACUGUCUCAAUAUUUGUGGUACAAUCGCGACGAGGCUUGUUUUUCAAGAGAAAAUAAAUCGAAAAUAUCGAAUGAACCUUUUUUGUACCAAGCUUCGUUUGCGAGAAAAAUGAUUUUGAAAUAUGUCUGUUCGUGGCUCAUUGUUUCUACUUGCUCAUGCUGAAUUUUCUCGGGAACGAAGCAUACUAAAACUUUGUUCUAUAUUGUCGGCUUCACUUGGCGAGAGUAGUUUAAAGAAGAAGAGAAAUAAUUUUAAGUAGAUUCAAAUUUUUAAUUAUACUUCAGUCUGAAACUUUCGAUUUUUCGAAUUUGCAUGAUUUUAAAGAAAUACUCAGACGUUAAUUUCGCAAGAAUCCAAGUAUUUGAUAUUCGUAUCUAAAUUGAAUAAGUCUUGGACUUGUAUACAUGUACUUAGGUUUAAAUUUAAUGAGUAUUCAAAUUUAAAGUACUUGAAUUUCAAUUGAAACGGUAUUUCAGUAUUCAUACUCAAGUACCUAUAAAUCCGUGCAAUAAUAAAAACUCUAGCUUGAAACUGUAUUAAGUAGUAUUCGAAUUUACCUUAAGUAUGAGUACAUAAUGAAUAUAGUCCCAUCCUUAAAAAUUCCCCUCUUCGAUUGCACCAUAAAUACCAGGACAUCCUGUAUUAUAUAAUGUAUUUGGAAAUGAAUGUAUCUAAUUUGUAAUCGAUUUUCUAAGUAAUGUAAACGCGUAUUGUUACGUUACGGGACUUACUAUGAUUAUGAUGCUAUGAUUGCGAUGCGCUAAUAACAUAGAUUCCAUAGAUUCGUUUAAAGCGUAUGUAAUUACAAUUAAUACAUUGACUGCCACGCAGUCUUACUUAUUUCGAUACUUCUGUAUCGAAUUAAACGUAAGCGAACUUUUUAACCCUGCAAAACGAACAAAUGUCGAAUCUGUCGAGGUUUGUCGUCUACUUUGUUGCUCUGCCGGGCAAAAAUGAAGUAUAAUAAGUUCGUCACGCGUCAUCGUCGAACACACACCUACAUUAACAAUAAUACCGUUGGUUCCUUUGUAACAGAGAAAUGCAUUACGGUUCCACACAACUCUCGGCGGUCAAGGUAUUAACGAUGAUUAUCAUUAAUGACUCGAUAAACUUUGCUAUUACAAGAAACUUUUACAUCUCAAUAUGGGAAGGUACAAGAGCGAACGCGGCCCGUGUGUUUAUCGGUCAGUACAAAUAAAAGAAAAACUAAUUCAAACGAAACAACUGAAAUUUCUUCAAAUGACGCACACGUGAUGAUCUAAUGAUCUACGCGUGAGACUCGUUCUUCGGCAAAUUGGUUGGCUUGGGGAAUUCUUUCUUGUCUUACCUCUCCAUAGUGAGACUCCUAUGCAAACUUGUUAAACCUGUGAAUCUUAUAUGCGAAUUAGUUGUAUUAUUUACCAGCAUAAUACUGUAUGUACUUGUUCCAAUAACAAUAUGCACUUUUAUUUUUAUCAUAAAGUAUAAAUGGAAAAGUGUACCUUUUUAUAUUACUGUUAAGGCGCCUUAUAUGAAUAAAAUUUUUAGAAAAUGAGAUUUAA